AUGAAAUUAUCAACAUCAACAGAAUGGCUAUAUUUUCAUUUAUGGAAAAAAAAUAGUCAAACAGGUGCAAGUUGCCCUGGAGUAUUUUUAGUUGAUACAAUAAUAUAUAGAUGGGCAUAACCAUAUUUUUGGUACUUUACCAAUCGAGAAGGUUAAAUAAUACGAAAAACAAAAGAACGUAUAGAUAUAUAAAAAGCAUAAGAUAUAUUCAUAUAUAAUGUUCCUUAAUCUGGAAUAGUAGCAUAAUAUUUAGUUUCUUAAAAUCAUAAUUAGCAAUAAUAAGAAGUUAUAUAGUUUGAAUAUUUUAAUGAAGAUUAAUUUAAUAUAUUUAUUCAUUAGCGAGAGAAAAACUUAAAUGCAAUUCUUUAGAAAUUUAUAUAGCCAAAAGGUGGUGUAAAUUCAUUAAUAAAAAUAUCCUGGUCCCCAUAAUUUUGUUUAUUAUAUAGAAAAACAAACAUUAAUAAAUUAGAUAAUACAAAGGUACCUAUGAAUGAACGUUUAUGUACAUUCGAAGGUCCUGAAUAUUUAGCAAUAUAAGAUAGUAUAACAUCCCCAAUAUUAUCAGCAGACUUAGAACAAAUAUGUGUAAAUAUAGUAAAACAUAUAUAAGACAUAAGUGGAGGAAACAUAUAAAUAUCAAGAAUGGUAUUAUAUUUUAAAUUGGAUGACAAAAAUAGACUUUGGCUUCUUUUUUGUACUGGUUUGAAGGUAAGAGAACGUUUUUAAGAAUACAAAGAAUUAAAUACAAAUACCUAAUAAAUACCUAGAAUGCUAUCUCCAAUAUUUAAACUUUAAAAAACAAUUACAAAGCACAUAAUAUAAUGGGAACCUUAAUGA